AUGCUCGGCUCAGAAAAGGUGUUGGAGACUUCGUGUCCUGGCCUAUCCGUAAUUUGCGGCGCCGAUGCGAUUUGGCAGUGGUGGGGAAGGCAUGGCGAUUUUUUGGUCGCCGAGUUAAAGAUCCUACUCAUCACCCUCUUCAUCCUCUACGUUAGCUCUCAUGCUACCCUUCACCGACCCGCAUCCGCGAAGCCGUCAUCUACCGCACUUGUGGGCCUUCUCACCCAGGGGUGGUUCCUGGAGUUCAAGCUCCACGGCCUAUUUGACGAAAAGACGCCCCUGUGCUUCCACCACGGCCUAGCCGCUCUGAUGACCAUGGUAACCAUCAUUGCCUACAACCUGACCAACUCUGCCUUUCUGUCCAACGUCAUGGGCCUGGCAUUUUGUUAUGCCACACAGCAACUACUCUCGCCGACCACAUUUACAACUGGAUCUCUAGUCCUUAUUGGCCUGUUCGUGUAUGAUAUUGUCAUGGUUUUCUACACACCUUUCAUGGUCACCGUAGCCAUGAAAGUCGAUGCACCUGUAAAGUUAAUCAUCCAAACGGGCUCCAAAUCCAACCUUCUCGGUCUUGGAGAUAUUGUUGUUCCCGGUAUCAUGGUGGCCCUGGCCCUUCGGUUCGACCUAUGGAUGCACUACCAGAGGAAGACUCGAUAUGAGCCUCUCUAUUUACCGUACGGGAGUCACGCACCUGGAACGGAUAUGGUCCUCAAAGGGAGAGAUCUCGGGGUCCGGAGGUACGUUGCGAAGAGGGCCGCCUACGUGAAUGUGAGUGGCAACUGGGGUGAGUGGUUUUGGACCCAGGCCCUAUCGAGAAGAAAACUUGGGUCUAACGGAGAACCCACCGAAAUAUUUCCCACGUAUUUUCCGAAACCCUACUUCUACGCCUCCAUCAUCGGAUACGCCUUCGGCCUACUCUGUACAAUGACGAUGUUAAUCUUGUUCAAACAUGGCCAGCCGGCCCUACUCUAUUUAGUUCCCAGCCUUAUAGGGACACUUCUCAUUACAGGCCUAAUUCGGGGAGAGAUUCGAGAAAUGAUGCUUUACAACGAGGAUGGGAGUCUUGAUUUCGAGGAUGCAGAGGUUGAACUAGAUGAGAGCGGAAGGCUCCUCCGCUUCAUCGUCAGCCAACAAUGGGAAGAGGAGGCGAGACACCAAGAUCACAGCCAAAAGGAACCUUUUGGCUCCGUUAGCAAAGCUGAGAGUAGUAGUAAAGCAGAAGAUAGGGGUGUCGUUCAUGCAAAUCAAGACCGGACCGAUAUUUUCCUCCUUCGUAUCUCUGGUCCCGUUGCUGAGGCAGGGGAAUAUCGAACGGACAACCCCCACGAAGACUAG